AUGGACGGCAAUGUCUUCCCCGACCAAGAGCAGCUUCUACUCUUCUUGAAAAAGCUAAAAGAGGUCUUCGAUGUAUGUGACGAAGAUGCUGACGGCUAUAUUCGGGUCGAACACUUCGUAGACCUCGGUCUACAGUUUGGAGAAGGGGAUGAGGUGAAGAAGUUUGCCAAGUACCUGGAUCCCAAUGCGCACGGGAAAAUCAACUUCAAAGAUUUCUGCCACGGAGUGUUUGCCAUCAAAGGCUGUGAGGAGAUCCUGAAGACUGCCCUGGGAUCACAGCCGUACCAGACAGACAAUGGAUACUACUAUCAGCACGGGGAAACAGGACUGGGACCUCCAGUCAUCAUGUGUACCAGGCCGUACUCAGACUGCCCGCUGUACCCAGAGGAAGACGGGCUGGCUGGACGCGAUGCCCACGAGUCAGACAUGGACAGCGCUGUGGACAGUGGGGUGGCGUCCGAGUCUUCCGACGGAGGUCGUCAUGACGACAAGGAGGAAGGACUUGGAGGACUCUUUAUCCCUGGACACAGCUCUGGCACACUGGCUCCCUCCACCUCGACGUCUGUGAUAUCCAACGAGGAGCAGUUUGAGGACUAUGGUGAGGGGGAGGACGUGGACUUCACUCCCAGCAGCCCCUGUCCAGACGACGAAACGCGCACCAAUGGCCUCUCUGACCUCGGCUCCUCCCUCCCUUCCAGUGCCGGUCAGACUCCUCAGAAGAUAAGACAUCUGUAUGGCAGUGAGCUGUUGGAUGUGUACUGUUCCCAGUGCUGUAAAAAAGUCAACCUUCUCAUCGACCUGGAGGCCAGGCUGAAGAACCUCAAGGCAAACAGUCCUAACCGAAAGAUAUCCAGCACAGCCUUUGGGCGUCAGCUCUUCCACCACAGUAACUUCAGCAGCAGCCAAGGGAGCACGGAGGACCUGUUCCGAGACAGCAUUGACUCCUGUGAUGUCGACAUUACCGAGAAGGUGAGUUACUUGGAGAAGAAGGUAACAGAGCUAGAGAAUGACAGUCUGGCUAACGGAGAUCUGAAGUCUAAACUGAAACAGGAGAACACACAGCUCGUUCACAGGGUUCAUGAGCUGGAGGAGCAGCUGAAGGACCAGGAGGCUCGUGCGGAGCAGUGUUUGGAGGAGGAGCUGAAGAGACACAGGGAGGCGUACAGUAAAAUGGAGAGAGACAAGAGCACAGAGAUAGAGCUGCUUAGCAACAGGGUCCUGCAGUUGGAGGAUGAGAAUGGAGAGAUGAAGAUGAACGUCUGUAGGCUGAAGUCUCAGACUGAGAAACUGGACCAGGAGAAACAGCGUAUGACUGAUAAGUUGGAGGACACUAGCCUGCGUCUGAAGGAUGAGAUGGAUCUUUAUAGAAAGAUGAUGGACAAGCUCUGGCAGAAUAGACACGAGUUUCAAAAAGAAAGAGAGGCCAUGCAAGAGUUGAUUGAGGAUCUCCGUCGGGAGCUGGAGCACCUUCAGCUGUUUAAACUGGAGACAGAGCGCCCGGGCCGCGGGCGUGGUCCUGCAGGGCUGUCUGAGUACAACGCCAAGACACGCGAGAUCGAACUGGAGCACGAGGUCAAACGCCUUAAACAGGAAAACCACAAACUGCGAGACCAGAACGAUGAUCUGAAUGCACAGAUCCUCAGCCUGAGUCUGUAUGAGGCUAAGAACCUGUUUGCCUGUCACACCAAGGCCCAGUCACUGGCCGCAGAGAUAGACAAUGCCUCCAGAGACGAGCUGGUGGAGGCUCUGAAGGAACAGGAGGAGAUUAACUUCCGUCUUCGACAGUACAUGGACAAGAUCAUCUUGGCUAUCCUGGACCACAACCCUUCCAUCCUGGAGAUCAAACAUUAG